GCAAUUCAGAAACUGCCCCGGCAAUACACCAUUCCUGAUCAAUCCCUCCACGCUCAAGUAUAUUUUGCCAAGCGCUGUCUCCUACUCUUUUUCAGUCGUAUCGUUCUUCUUCACUACUGCUUACUGUCGCAGGUCAUCAUGUACGGCACUCCGAUCCUUCUGGGAUCUCUGCUUGCAGGGCACACUUAUGCUCAUACGUUCAUCUGGGGUGUAUUUGUCAACGGCGUAGAUCAAGGCCUGUACAAGGGCGUCCGCACACCUGCGUACAAUGGCGCACCUAACGGCGGAGGCUAUUCGAAUUCGCCGGUCAAAAACUUGACUUCUAUCGAUAUUCGGUGCAAUGUCAUGGGCGACAUCCAGUCUCCGGAUACGAUCAAAGUCAAGCCCGGCGACAAUCUGACCUUGGACUGGCACCACGACAUCAGGAGCGACGCGGACGACGUGAUUGCUUCCUCGCAUCACGGCCCGGCACUCGUCUACAUAUCGCCUGACCCGCCAACGGAAAACUCCUUUGUCAAGCUUUGGCAUGAAGGUCUGUACGAGAGUAACCCAUUUCCUCAGCCGGGGAAGUGGACCACUACGGCAGACAUCGCCAAGAAUCACGGUCACAUGAAUGUCAGAAUUCCAAAGGACCUGAAACCCGGCUUCUAUCUUAUUCGCGCGGAAAUGAUUGCGUUCCACGAGGGCGAAGUGUCUUGGUUAGACAACCCCAUGCGCGGCACACAAUUCUACCCCGACUGCGUGCAAAUCGAAGUGACCGGCGACGGCACUGUCGAGCUCCCAGAAGGCGUCACCUUCCCAGGUGCCUACAAUUACGAUGACCCGGGAAUUGUCUACGACAUCUACUGCUCCACUGAUACGAAGAGAACCGUCACAACACCAUGUACGACUACUUAUCCCAUCCCGGGUCCCACGGUCUGGUCAGGCGCCUGGGCGGAGACCGCCGAGGUCCCUCUUGGUCCUGUUACCGGCGGCACUACCGCCCCCCCUUGGUCUACUUGGAUCAAGAACUCUGUGGUCACGUCGGCAACUUUUACCGACAAGAAGAGUGUCACGGUCGUGGGUACCUUGACAUAUCAAGCGAAAUGGUCAAGCACAUAUGCGACUCCUGCUCCGGCGACGAAGAGAUGGUAGAGGCAACAAUACGUGACGAAGGGAACGUGGGUUCCAUCUAAUGGAUGAUGACUCGCAGGAACCUUAGUUCGAAUGACUAUCGGGAUAUCUGGCAUCUAUUUGCAGUGCGCCCUCCCGGGGAAUUCGUGCAGGGGCACUCCAAGGCGUUUAGAAAAGCCAGCCACC